CACCUGCUUACCGUAAUACCAACUCGAGUUGGCUUUGUGUUGUCAUGUACAACGAUGAAGAGUACAUCUCCCAGGUUGCCUGCCACAGUGCCGUGGGUGCCUCCCAGACUCCCGUCCCUCUGACUCGCUGCGGGGAAGGGGUCAACCCAACCCCACAAUGGGAAAGGGUUCCAAGCACAACGAACCCAUCCACGUCCCGCCAUCCCGUCGUGGCCCGUCUAACAGCAGUCCGUUCGCACACCUGAAAGGAGCCGAGGCCACUUCCAGUUACAUCAACCUGUUUACAAGAACUUGUUUCCUGCUACGGACACUAUCUUCCUCCUUUCCUCCACCCUGUUUUCUUCCAGGAGCUUCACGCCGCACAGAAACUUGGCCAUAUAUUCAUCAACCCUUGGCCUUCUCACACUUGUCUCGGAGGAUCUCUCUCAGGUCUCCUCCAGCAUCACUCCAGCUGCAAGCUGCACCCUCACCUUGUUGAUCCUUCAUCGGCGUCGUCCAAACACCACCGCCCCGUCGUCCACCGAUCGACCUUCCCUGCUACCCGGAACUUUAUCCACUCUUUACCUCGCUUCCCGACGGAACCGCACCCGGGUUCCUAGCCAUCUCAACCUCCUGUCCAUCUCAAGCAACGUUCUGCCUUCACUCUCUCUGCCACACAUAUAUACCACUUCUCCUACUUCUUUAAUAUCUACCCAUCUGUACACAUCACCAUCAUGCCUUCCUCAAGCCAAAAGUCAGACGUCACGUCCUCACUCUCCAAGCUCUCAAUAAACAGCAGCAAAAAGACGCCAUCCACCAAAAAGACCAAAGCACCAGUGGCAGACUCUUGGGAAGAUGAGGACGUAGACGAGGACGACGAUGAAGAAGAAGAGGAGGCCGUGAAGCCCCAAAGUGACGGCGCCAAGGCCCCGCCGCCCACCCCCAUCUCACCAACCUACAACGCCGCAGACAGGUCCUUCCCCAACCCCUACGGCAGCGUCGACUCCGUUGCCGGUGCCGGUGCGUCCUCGGGUGGUGGUGGUGGUCAGGACAGCGCCUCAUCACGCCCCAGGCCAGAAAAGACAGACGCCGUGGCCCGCCGCAUGAUUGCCAGCGCCCUAGGUGUGAAAGUGCCCCGGAUGACGGAGGAGCAGAGGGCCUACGACAAGGCUGUCAAAGAGAAGGAGCGGAAACGCAGGGAGGAAGAGAAGGCUGCUGAGAAGCGCCGGCUGGAGGACGCCGAGAAGGCCAAAGUUGCCAUCUGGGAGGACUAGAUUUUGCUUCUUGAUCCUCCUAGAUUCAGGGGCUCUAGUAUUCCCUCUCCUUGCAAGGAGGAAUGGAAGGGCCGGAGAAGGAAGGUAGACUAUUUCCCAAAACUCGCCAAUUUUUACUUGCA